AUGGUGUAUCCUGCAUCUGUUUUCAUCACUGGGGCAAAUAGAGGCAUUGGACUUGGUUUAGUCCGCGAAUUUCUAAAGGUGCCAACAGUGAAACAUGUAAUUGCUGGUGCUAGGAACCCAGAUAAUGCUGAGGAGCUGAAUGCCAUCGGCGAUAAACGGCUGAAUGUCGUUAAAAUUGAUAUUGAGUCUGACGAAUCCAUUAAAAAUGCAUAUAAGCAAAUUGAAACUAUAGUUGGUGAAAGUGGAUUGAAUAUGCUGCUGAACAAUGCAGCUAUCCUACCGCCAUACUUCACCAAUGGAGCUAUUUGUCGGGAAACGUUGAUGAAAUGUGUCAACGUCAACGUCUUAGGAACCGCUAUCGUCAGCCAGACAUUUUUGCCGUUGCUGCGCAAAGCAUCCUCUCAUGGCUCAGGAGAUCACUGGGGUGUCGAUCGUGCAGCUAUUGUGAAUAUUUCUAGUUUCUGGGCAUCCAUAGAACAAAAUGAAGACGGAUCAGGAGACCUCGGUUCUCUCGCCUACAGAAUCAGUAAGGCAAUACAACCUCCUCAGUCUGCUGUCAACCAAUUGGGUAAGACCAUGGCGAUAGAUCUGAAAGGGGAUAAAAUCGUUGUUGCACAGUUCUGUCCAGGAUGGGUGCAGACCGAUAUGGGCAACAUGGGUGGAAGAACAGCUGCCAUUACCGUCGAAGAAUCGGCUUCUGCAUUAGUGAAAUCGAUGUCGAAAUUAACCAAAGAACACAGUGGCGGGUACUUUGAUCGCCAUCUAAAAGUCAUUCCAUAUUGA